AUGUCCGAGUCAGCCCCAUCGUUCGAUAUCCCCAAGGAAUGCGUCGCCGGUGUGGUGAAAAACGAGGGGCCCGAUUUCUACAUUGAGGUCGAGAAGGUCCCGGUGCCGGAGAUCGGUCCCCGAGAUGUCCUCAUCAAGCUCAACGCGACCGGCCUCUGUCUGAGCGAUGUCCACUACAUGCUGAACGACUGGGCGGUCCCUUCGAUGUCUUCCUUCGGCGUCAAAUGCGCGGGUCACGAAGGCGCCGGCGUCAUCGUCAAGGUUGGCGCCGAGGUUACCGGCUUGAAGGUCGGGCAGCGUGCCGGCUUCAAGCCCUUCCAGGACGUCUGCCAUCGAUGCGAGUAUUGCAAGACCGGAAAGGACAACUACUGUCUCCAGGGCGUUCUCACUGGACUUCACUGCGACGGCUCGUACAAGCAAUAUGUCGUGUCUCCCGAGAGCUACACUACGCUGAUACCCGAUGGUGUUUCGGACUACGUUGCGGGUCCAGUCAUGUGCUCGGCCUCGACGAUCUAUACUUCUCUUAAAGAAUCCGGACUCCGACCGGGACAAUGGGCCGUCUUUCCCGGAGGUGGCGGUGGUGUCGGGAUCCAAGGUGUUCAGCUUGCUGCUGCCAUGGGUCUUCGGCCCAUCGUGGUAGAUACCGGCGACGAACGCCGUAAACUGGCGCUGAGCCUGGGCGCGGAGCACUUUUUCGACUUCAAGGAAGGCGACCCAGUCAAGCAAGUACUCGAGAUCACCGAAGGUGGCGCGCAUGGCGUGUUUGUGACCGCUGUCCAAUCAUACCCGAUCGCUCUCAACUACAUCGGCCACCGGGCACUGGCCAAAGUUAUGUGCAUCGGUCUCCCCCCUGAUGGCAAAUACCAUAUCGACUUGAACCCUGGCCAAAUUGUCUUCAGAGGACAGUCCGUAAGAGGCACAUUAGUGAGCUCUCUAGCAGACACUGAUGAGGCAUUGGACUUCGCUAGACGUGGUAAACUACGCCUCGAGCCUACGGUUGUAGGAUUGAGCCAGUGGAAUGAAUCCGUACAGAAGCUCAAGAAUGGCCAGGUUGCCGGACGAAUCGUUGUCGACUUUAACUUGCCAUAA